GUCGAUCGGAGCGAGCGGACGUGUUAGCGCGAGAAUCGAGAGCAAGUAGACCGAAGACCGAAGACCGUAGACCGUAGACCGCAGAACCGAGAUCGAGUGCCAGACUGCGAAGACUGAAGAAUUGCGAGCUGAAAUACCGCGAUCGCGAGUGCGGGAUAGAGUGCGUUCGCGGAGAUGCGCCGCGUCUGAUCGGUCAGAGGUCCAGGCUUUCGGGGUCACCACUUCCAAUGGCCGGCAGACGCCACCUGCUGCUGAUCCUGCUGCUGGUCCUGCAGCUGAUCGCCACCACGCCGGCGUCGCGCAGCCUCAGCGUGAACGGAAACAACAUUUGGCGGCGGGUGCGCCUGGUCACCAGCCAGGAGUCGGACCGCAACGCCUACCAGGUGCUCAAGCCGGGCAGCCGGAAUGCCAACAGUACAAGUACGAGUACCACAACCAGCUCCACCACCACCACCACCACCAGCACCACCACUCCGGCAGCGCCCCACUCGCAGCGCUCGGCCAAGCAGUUGGAUCUCCUCUUCCCGAGCGGCAAUGUCUCGAGUGCGGCCCGCCUGGAAAUGUCAACGGAGUUCUUCGUGGUGCCCACUCUCUCCGCCAGCAGCUCCAGCAGCACCACCUCCACCACCACGCCGGCCACGCCCCGCCGCAGUCUGGGGGCUAAGGCGCGGGCAGCGGGCACCACCGGGCGGGUGGCUCCGGGAGGGAGCAGCAACAGCACGCCGCCCAGCAUAGUGUCCACCCACCUGCCCUUCGCAGGGCUGCGCAAGGAGCCGUGGGUGGUGCCGGUGCUCGUGCUGGCCACCCUCACCAUGCUCAUGAUGGCCGCCUUCGAGAUCUUCGUGCUCUUCAAGGCCUGGCGCACCUCGCCCUCGCGCCGGCACCUCUUCCUCGGCCAGAUGCUCCUCCUGGGGCUCUUCGCCUGCGCCAGCCUGGGCGCCAUCAUCACCGCCCAGCCCACGCUCCUCAGCUGCGGGGCGAUCCGCUUCGGGGUGGGCGUGGCGUACGCCCUCGUCUUCGCCGCGCUGCUCGUCAAGUGCGUCUUCCUGAUCAGCCUGAACGGAGGCGUCUACCUGCCGGCGCCCUACCAGGGCCUGCUGCUGCUGUUCGCGCUGCUCAUCCAGGUGGCCAUCGGGGGCCAGUGGCUGCUCACCCAGCCGCCGGAGGUGUACACCACCAGCGUGCCGGUGAUGGGCAGCGGCUUCCUCGGCUCCACGGUGGCCUCGCAGACCAACUACUCGGCGCUGUUCUACCCCACCUCGUACACCACCUUGGACGGAACUCCGGAGAUCUACACCCGGAUAGCGGCGGUCAGCACCGUGCUGAUCCCGCUCUGCAAAACGCAGUUCUCGGAGCUGCUCUUCUCGCUCAUCUACAUCGUCUUCCUGAUCGUCUUCAUCGCCGUGCUGGCCAUCAAGUCGCGGGGCAUCCGGGACAACUACCGCGAGGCCACCUACAUCGGGCUAGCCAUCGGGGGCGCCAUCCCCAUCUGGCUCGGCUGGAUGCUCUGCGGGCUGGCGGUGGCCGAGCGGCACAAGGACGCCUGCGUGGCCUUCGGGCUGGUGGCCACCUCCGCCACCGUCUUCCUGGUGAUGUUCAUGCCCAAGGGCCGCCAGCUGGCCGCCAUGGGCAAGGAGGGCCUCUACGUGGAGGACCGCGAGGAGCAGUUCAGCUCGCUGAGCCGCGCCGGCUCCGGCUACUCGCCCUCCUUCUUCCACUUCAAGCCCAUCAAGUACGGCGUGAUGAGCGGCUGCGGCCUGCCCAACUCGGCCUCCAACACGGGCCAGGGGCUCAGCUCGAAGCACUGCUCCAGCGCCAACAACGGAGGUGAUCGGGUUGCUCUCGUCACCGCCGCACCGCCGAGCUAUACGCGUAUGUAUCACUAUUUUCCAGCACACCUGAGCCCGCACCCGUUCUGCUAUUAUCCUCCCGCACCACCCCCUCUGCAACCGCUGCCGCCACUGCCACCGCAACCGCAGCCGCUGCCGCAGCAGGCCGCACCGCCCACGCUCACACCGCUGACCCUCAAGCAGCUGGGCAACUCGCUGACCUCCAUGACACAAGCGGCGCAAUUGGCCAAAACGUUGCGCUAUGCGCCAGGCAUGUUUAUUCGACCGGACGAAACGAAUCUCUAUACCACGCUGGAGCCCACGUUGAGCAGCAACCCGAACGUGUACUUCCAACGCAGCGGGGCCGUUCAUCCCGGCAUCCUGUACUAGGAGUCCGAGGAGCCGAGGAGCGGGGAUCCGAGCACCGAGCAUCGAGAACACUGGAACUGAGUAUUUUUUCUUAUCAUUAAGGUACGGCUCCCAAGGAGCAGCAAUAAGCGAAUUGAUAUUUCCCGAUCACUUCAACUAGUGUAAUAUUUUUGUCAUAAUUGCUAAGCUCUUUGCAUCUAAGUUUCGCUAUACGAGAAGUACACUUACGACCUAGUAAUUAAGGCCCUUUCGGGCAGCAGAGGAGGAACUCCAAUGACGAUGCAAUAGAGCUGCCAAACGCAGUCCUAGAUUAGCGAUAUCAACCAUCUACACUGGUUACAUUUCACACUCUCGAUGUAGCAACGAUUUUAGGGCAUAAGUCUUCAGAGCAGUUUGCUGGCCUCGAUUCCUAAAUAAUGUUACCGCUUUUUAAGCGUUCUAAAAAGUCCAAGCAUGGUUACUUUUGCCUUGUGAUUUACAAGUAAACUGUACUUAAAAAUUUGUUUAUAAUAUCAGAUCCGAAAAAAACAGCUCUGCUUUUGAAACAACUCGAAGGCGCAGGGGCAAACCAUCUGGUUAAAAUCUGGUGGCCUGCCAAACAACUUAACUUUGAAUUCGCGUUAAAAUUGUAUGUAAUUAUGUAAAAGGUGGAGAUGGCUCCCUUGGAUCCACCUGAUGUCCAGCGAGGCUCGCCAGCAUUAUGUAUACAGAUGUUUUGCCCCUGCGAACACACAUACACCAGUAAGUAAUAGGCUUAAUAAACAUUUGUCUAGCCAAGUAAAACGAUCGCUUAAGCAAACACGAAAUGUUGUACAUAUAGCAAUGGCCCCGAGCCGCAGAAACACACACACUCUCACACACACACACACACACGGUG